UGAAUUCUGAGUAAUCAAUGUCACCUUUGUUUGAGGAAAAAUGGGUACAGUUUCAUAACAGAUUCCUAGAUCAGAUGCUGGUGCUCAUGGACCGUGCCGCUCGGAUUGUGUUCCACUGAGGAUGCUAGUGAACUGGAUGAAACUAUUAUAAACCAACCAACCAGAAGACAGAUUGCCUGCGCAGUCGCACUCCACCCAGUCGUGAAUGAGCAUAAGUUCUGAUAACCGAGCAUGGACUGUUCUCCGAUCCAGGAUCAAGUCCGCCGCUCUCGGUAUGUAAUGGAGGAUUGCAUAUUUCUACCAGUGAAAUACAAAAAUGUUCUGGAGAAGAGGAGGGAAAAUGGAGAAAGAGAGGCUUGUGUCAAAGCCAGGGAUGAUAAAGACCAAAUUAAAAAUGGGCGAAAAAAUCGACAUGGAAGAAGAUCGGCGCAACGAAUCGGGCUCCAAAACUUAUGUGAUAAUUCUGACAAUAUUCGCCACCAUCGGAGGAUUGUUGUUCGGUUAUGACACGGGGAUCAUUUCGGGAUCUAUGCUCCUAAUUCGAGAUGACUUUUCAUUAAGUGAGAUUUGGCAAAGUGCAAUCGUCAGUUCCACCAUUGGAGCCGCAGCCGUGUUUGCUCUACUGGCCGGAGUCUUAGUGGACAAGAUCGGAAGGAAGAAGGUCAUCAUGUUGGCCAGCUUCGUAUUCACCAUCGGAGCUAUCAUAAUGGCGGUGUCGCCAGUGGACAAAAAAGAAGUUCUUCUGAUAGGACGGUUGGUCGUUGGCGCUGGAAUUGGGUUUGCCUCUAUGUCUGUACCUGUUUAUGUCGCUGAAGCAGCACCCUCCCACAUCCGUGGAUCUCUAGUCACCGUCAACCAGCUCUUCAUUACAAUUGGUAUCCUAUUGUCCAGUAUCAUUGCCGGGGCUUUUAGCCAAGACAAAGAAAACGGAUGGAGGUAUAUGUUAGGGAUCGCUGGUGUGCCCAGUGUUAUCCAGUUUUUCGGAUUCCUAUUUUUGCCGGAGAGUCCGAGGUGGCUCGUGGGGCAGGGCAGAUUGGAAGAGGCCAGGAAAAAUCUCAAGAAGAUCAGGAACCUGGACAAUGUGGAUGUAGAAAUGGCAGAGAUAGAGAAAUCGGUGGAGGAAACUAGGGAACAAAAUAAGUAUAACAUGUUCCAGUGUUUCGUUCUGAUGGUGAAGACGCAGCCCGUCAGACGGGCAUUAAUCCUAGGAUGUCUUCUUCAGUUUUUCCAGCAGCUUUGUGGAAUUAACACUGUCAUAUACUACAGUGGGAGUAUUCUCCGGGUGUCCGGUUUCCCCUCCAGCCUGGCUAUCUGGCUGUCCUGUAUUCCGUUCUCCGUUAACUUCCUGUGUACGUUUAUCGGUGUCUACGCCGUGGAGAAGGCUGGUAGACGGGUCCUCACGCUGCUUAGUUUUGUAGGUAUCAUUAUUGCGCUGGUCGUACUGGGUACCGGGUUCUAUCUGGCUGAACACAACUCUCCUCGCAUCAGCCAUCAUUUGGACAAUUAUUCCCACUGCCAUCUUAAAUACGAUCACUGUACCGGAUGUAUAAAAGAUGACAAAUGCGGGUUUUGUUGGGAGGAGGGAAAGGAACUUAGCACGGGAUGGUGCCUCCAUGUAAACACAAAACACCCAGAACGGUAUGCCGAACCCGAGAACAAUACUAUCACGCAGUACAACGAAACACUGUGUAACAAAACGAACUAUGACACCCAGCAAUUCGACUGGGCAAACGACUUCUGUCCCACAGACUAUUCCUGGAUGUCCGUCCUAGGACUGGCACUGUUCGUUAUUGCAUUUGCUCCCGGCCUUGGUCCCAAUCCGUGGACCAUUAAUUCGGAGAUUUACCCUCUCUGGGCCCGGGGGACGGGCACGUCACUGGCUACGUGUGUUAACUGGAUUGGGAACCUCAUAGUCUCAUUCACCUUUCUCAUACUGUUAAAGAAUAUAACAACAUACGGUACGUUUUAUCUAUUCUGUGGAAUCUCGUUUCUGGGGAUGUCGAUCCUCUUCUUCAUUUUACCGGAAACCAAAAACAAGACGCUGGAGGAGGUGGAAGAACUCUUCAUGUCUAAGGAGUACAAGGCCAAGAGGGACCAAGAACAGAAGAAAAAGUACGCCAUAGACAACAACGGCUAUUCGGAGGAAAAUUCCAAAAUGUAGCGGAACCGGAAAUUUCUAGACCAGAAAUCCGGGUUAAGCCAUUCAUCUACGUAAUCUUUCGGUCUGUUGAUGAAUGUUUGCUUUAAGAUAUAGACUCAUCUUAUACUUUUAACAACUGAGAAUUUUAAAGUACUGCAUAUACAGUGUAUAUAGUGCUAUAACAGUGUUUCCUUUCCAUCAGGACAAUUGUGUUAAACCGUAUCCACAACAAACUGUCAAGAAAUUAUUGUUCUAUAUAGGUCUAAUAGUGUGCCUGCAUUUUAUUGUGUUUUAACGUGAAUCAAAAUUGAAUUGUACAUGUAUAUACAAGUUGACGAAAUUUCUUUACAUUUUACUUGUCAAUCUGCUGUACAAAGCUCAUAAUUAGUGUGAUAUGAAGCAUAAUCGCCCAUGACUAUGUAGAUACAUGUAUAUACAUAGGUAAUACAUAGGUAAUCCAUAAUAGUUGUAAACAUGCCUGUAUGAUAGACGGAUCGACAUGUAUAUAGUCAAACGGUUUCUUUUGUUAUAGAUUUGAAAAUGUAUAUAAGUUAUAUAUUGUGCAAUUUUACAUUAAAUAUAUAUACAUGAUUGAA